UCAAUUCACCGUCUAAUAAGACUUCCUAUACGAUUUCUCAAUUUCUCUCUUUCAAUUUUUCCAACCGACGAGCUAUAACCGGAAAAAGCAACUCCCGGAAAAUACUUUUAUUUGAUAAACGAAUGCUGCAAUAGAUUGAUCAAUCUAGGGUUUCGGUGAAGAUUGUAGCGAAGCAAUGGCAAAAGGCAGGUUAAAUCGGCAUCAAGGAAAGAGAUCAUCGACAGUGGUUUUAGUACUUUCGAUGCUUCUGAUGCUAACAGUUGUGCUUCUAAUGCUUCUCGCUCUUGGCAUUUUUAAUCUUCCUGUUGGUUCCGAUGAUGAGUCAUCGAAGUCAUCUACUCAGGAUCACAUCAAGUUCAAGCGGUUCAACUUAGAUAUAGGAGAAGGUGACGGACUGGGGAAAAGAGGGGAACAAUGGACGGAGAUCUUAUCUUGGGAGCCCCGUGCGUUUGUUUACCACAAUUUCUUGUCCAAGGAAGAAUGUGAAUACUUGAUAAAUCAAGCUAAGCCUCACAUGAUGAAGUCAUCAGUUGUUGAUAGCAAAACCGGUCAGAGUAAAGAUAGCAGGGUUCGUACAAGUUCGGGAAUGUUUUUGAGGAGAGGGCGAGAUAAAGUUAUCAGAAAUAUUGAGAAGAGGAUAGCAGAUUAUACAUUCAUUCCUGCAGAACACGGAGAAGGUCUACAAGUUUUACAUUAUGAAGUUGGACAGAAAUAUGAGCCUCAUUAUGACUACUUUCUUGACAACUUCAACACCAAAAAUGGGGGCCAACGCAUAGCUACUCUUCUCAUGUAUCUAUCAGAUGUUGAAGAAGGGGGUGAGACUGUUUUCCCAGCAGCAAAGGGAAACUUCAGUUCUAGUCCUGGGUGGAAUGAGUUGUCAGAAUGUGCCAAAAAGGGCCUCUCUGUCAAACCAAAGAUGGGCGACGCUUUGCUUUUCUGGAGCAUGCGGCCUGAUGCUACUUUGGAUCCAUCGAGUUUGCAUGGUGGUUGCCCUGUGAUUAAAGGGAACAAAUGGUCAUCUACCAAGUGGAUGCAUGUUGGUGAAUACAAGAACUAAUUUUCUUUCAAAAAGAUAUUUAGGCUGAGUUACAGGCGGUGAUGGAUCCCAACCUUAUUGUAGUUGUGGAGAAUGGUGCUUGCUUGGGCUGUUUAGACUUCUGUCGCGGAUGUGAUGCUUAUUGCCAGACUUCCAUUAACAUAUACGCGAGCCAUUUGCUUGCCGGUUUUAAAGAAUUAAACAUACUUGUGGUUUCUACAUACACCGUUGUGUUGGUCUAGUUAGGUCAGAAUAGUUGGCGGCUAACUAUAUCAGAAAUCAGAGUUUGAAUUAUGUUAUCUAUUGCAUGGUGCUAGGUUUUAUAGUC